CUCUAAACAUUCCUCCUAUUUCUAUUCAUUUUUUUGUCCCUUCUUCUGUGCUCCAAAAUUAACAAAAAAUGGCCAAACCAGUGAAUGUUAACCAGAGCAAAUGGACGGUCCCAGUUCUUUUGAAGGAAUGCGAAAUAUACUGCCCAUCGACAUGUGUCGCUUUUGGGCCAAUACUCUCGGAUAAUGAUUCUAAGCUGAUAAUUGCUCAUGGAGGACAUCGUGGAGUGAAUAUGAAGCUUAAAGUGUUUCAACAAUUGGAGCAACUCUCCGAGAGCUCACUGGCUGAUAUGCCGACGGCUCUUGUUCAUUUUAUUAAUGACUUGUCCUCCAUCCCAUCCAUCGCAGUUGCCGCAGGACCUUCCCUUUUGAUCUACAAGAAUUUGAAGCCAUUUUACAAGUUCACAGUACCCAGCUCAGCAAUCAAUCCUACCGAAAGCGAGGCCUGGAAGGCUGUUGUGAACAAAAAGAUCAAUGGAGACACCCUCCUAACAGUUCUAAAACGACUCGAGGACGAUGUGGCGUUCUCCAAGUUGACACCAAUUUCCCAGACCUACUUGAGAGCUGAUAAGGAGACACAGGUGGUGCUGGUCGAGCAUUACGGGACGAAGAUCGCUAAUUCGGCCACCAUAACAUGCAUCGCAAAACUGACAAAGUCGACUGCGGAGCCCCUUGACAUCCUGGUAAUUGGCACAGAGCACUGCGAGAUUUUCCUGAUUGACAGUCAGGCUUUUACGAUUUUGGAGACCAUCAAGAUCGGAUCAGUUCCAGUCAACAUAUGUGCUUAUGGCACCUACGACGUGGAUUACCGGCUCUUUGUGCAAACGCGAGCUUCAUUGAUCUUCUGUAUGAAACGAGGUGAAGCUGAUUAUCAGCCAAUUGUCAUUUCACAGAGUAUGAUUACUUCGAUGGUAUUGGUUAAUAAAAUGAUCGUUUACACAACCGUCGAGAAUUUGAUACAUUUCGCAAGUUUUCGCGGAAAAAAGAUGAACACCGUCAAGUGCCCGUCCAAGAUAAAAAUGCUCGAACCCUUCAUCUACCCCCUAAAACAGCUGGCUGCAGUAAUUGCAGUUUUCGAUAAGGAAAUUCGAAUGUACAAUGAACAUUACCUUCUGGAUACUGUACAAUACGAAAAACCGCUUGCAUGGGUCAAAUAUGGAUGUUAUGGAAGAGAGGAUAGCACUCUGGUAGUGGCAUUUAAAGACGGCUCCAUCGCUAUUCAGAUAUUCCGGAGAAAAGCGAAUUUCGAUACAAAAUUGGAUUAUAACCAGGUCCCGCAGGCCCAUGCUCUGAAGCUUCAGAUUCCGAAAAAGACUAAAGUUUUCAUUGAUCUUACUCAGCGGGAGGUUCAGCUAGGGAAUAGAAUCCAUAAGGUGUACCAAAAAAACCUGUUCGAUGUGAAGUACCGGCUUGCCGCCAGUUACCUAGAAUUGACAUCCAGCGCAUCGGCCACCGUAUCCACGACUACUGUACUUCCAGUCGAGAUUUCUGUGGAUAUUCAUGGAUUUGGGCCUACGUUCAGGAUGACCAUACAUCUAUUGUCCUCUAGCAAGCAAAACCUGUACGACAUGCAUCUUUCGAUAAUCUCUGACCCGGAACUCUACGAUUUUGACACUCCACUAAUCCCAGUUCACUUACUGGCUUCCGGACAAUCAUACUCUUUCACAACAUUGCUCUACUGCAAGGAUCCGGAGAAGGCCGCCAACUGCGAUGUCCGAGCCCUCCUAGUCCAUGCAAAACGGGCCACACCAAUUGUGACUGCGGUCAUCAAGAUGCCCUUCAGCGAAUUUCCACUUGAUUAGUUCCAGUUUUCCCCUUAUUGGCUCCGAUUUGUGUGCUCGCUGAGCCCAGAAUCAUGCCAUGAUGUGUUGGUGGUGGUGUGCUCCUUAUCACUGAACUCUUAUCAAUUUUUCUAUUUUUCCGCUAUACAUAUAAAAAUAUUGAAUAAACCAGACUCCGGCGCGGACAACGACUGGCACCGUUUUAA